UUAAGUUUAUUAGUUAAGUAAUUUUUAAGUAGUUUUCCUUUUUUAGUUUUAUUUUUAUUUCUUAAUGUAUUUUUUAGUGAUUUUUUACAAUUGUUUUUCUCAUGAUAAUUGCUUGUUACACAACCAUGAAGUUAUUUUUUGAUACAUUUAUUUGUCACUUUUUUACUUUUUUCUCCAUAAUUUUUAUUUUAAGAAUUAUUAAUCGUCGAUUUAUUUGUUUUGUUAUUUUUUGCGAUUUUUAUUUUAUUACUCACUUUUCAGGAUUGUUUCCAUUUAUGUCAUUUUUAUUUUUUACAUUGUUUGACGUUUCUACGUUUAUUUACUUUUUUAUUUUGGGUUUUUUCAUUUUAUUAUUUUCCAUCUUUUAUCUGCACUAGUCUUUUAUUUCACUUUAAUUC